AUGGCGGCAACAGCAGCUGAGGCUGCAGCUKCGGGCUCUGGAGAGCCCCAGGAAGAGGCUGAAGCCCUGGGCCCCGCCUGGGAUGAAUCGCAGUUGCACACUUAUAGCUUCCCGACCCGGCCCAUCCCUCGUCUGAGUCAGAGCGACCCCCGGGCGGAGGAGCUCAUGGACAAUGAGGAACCUGUAGUGCUGACUGACGCAAAUCUUGUGUAUCCUGCUCUGAAAUGGGAUCUUGAAUACCUACAAGAGAAUAUUGGCAACAGGGACUUUUCUGUGUACAGUGCCAGCACCCACAAGUUCUUGUACUAUGAUGAGAAGAAGAUGGCUAAUUUCCAGAACUUUAAACCAAGGUCCAACAGGGAGGAAAUGCAAUUUCAUGAAUUUGUUGAGAAACUGCAGGAUAUACAGCAGCAAGGUGGGGACGAGAGGUUGUAUCUGCAGCAAACACUCAAUGACACUGUGGGCAGGAAGAUCGUCAUGGACUUCUUGGGUUUUAACUGGAACUGGAUUAAUAAGCAACAGGGAAAACGUGGCUGGGGGCAGCUGACCUCGAACCUGCUGCUCAUUGGCAUGGAAGGAAAUGUGACACCUGCUCACUAUGAUGAGCAACAGAACUUCUUUGCCCAGAGAAAAGGCCAUAAGUGAUGCAUCUUAUUCCCUCCGGAUCAGUUUGAGUGCCUCUAUCCAUAUCCUGUUCAUCACCCAUGUGACAGACAGAGCCAGGUGGACUUUGACAAUCCUGACUACAAGAGGUUCCCCAAUUUCCAAAACGUGGUUGGUUAUGAAACAGUGGUUGRCCCUGGUGAUGUUCUUUACAUCCCAAUGUACUGGUGGCAUCACACAGAGUCAUUACUUAAUGGAGGAAUUACCAUCACUGUGAACUUCUGGUGUAAGGGGGCACCUACCCCUWAGAGAAUUGAAUAUCCUCUCAAAGCUCAUCAGAAAGUUGCCAUAAUGAGAAACAUUGAAAAGAUGCUUGGAGAGGCUUUGGGGAACCCACAAGAGGUGGGACCUUUGUUGAACACAAUGAUCAAGGGCCGAUACAAUUAGCCUGCCAGGGGUCCAGGCCUCCUGUCAGGUUACUGCUA